AUGACUGCUGUUUAUUGUCAUAAGACGAAUGAUGGUGAUCAGCUUACAAUACGUUGUAAAUCAAAUGAAAAAAUUCGUAUGUUAGAUGCAUUUUAUGCUCGUGCUCGAAAUCGAACUCGCCCAUAUUGUCAAGAAGGAUUUGAUAUUAACGAUUGUAAAGUGCAUACGAGUUUUUCAUCUGCUUGUUCUGGCAGAGAAAAUUGUACAAUACACGUACAACGAACAUGGUUAUCUGAAUGUUCGUCUAACAAUACGGAUGACGAAUUAUGGUCAGACUAUACGAUGGCAUUUUACGAGUGUAUUUCAGAUGUGUUUAUUCACAAUAUCUGUAAUGAUAAAGAGUUUACCAAUGUAUGGGGUACAUUUCAAACACCACAUUUUCCUAAUCCAUAUAAUUCAAAUGAUGAUUGUUGGUGUAAAUUGUCAACCCAUAAAAAACAUCGACUAUUAUUAUCGAUUAUCGUUUUUCAAUUAAUUCCCUAUGAUCGUGAAUGUGCUGGUGCUGGAUUAUAUCUUCAAAGUAGUGACACUCAACGUAGUACACAAUGUACAUAUCUGAAUCAAGGACAUAAUUAUCUAAGUGAUACAAAUCAAUUAUAUAUUAAUUUUUAUAGUCACACACCAACUGUUCGCGGAGGAUUUUGGAUCAUCUAUGAAGCUAGUAGUGCCAAUGCUGAAGUUCAUCUUAAGUGUGGUCCAAUGAAUAAAAUUUAUCCUUCUGGUAAUCGAAAUGGAUCACCUCGAAUGAGUUCAUUAUCACCAGUAUCAACCGGGUUUGAUAAUGGUUGGGCUCGACUAGCGUUUGAUUCAUCGCCAAAAGUAAUGGGAACAACAACGAUACCAUUUAACGAGAAAAAUAUUUAUCAACGAAAUGAUGAUGAUAAAAUAAAAAUGUUAAGGUUAACAACAAAUAAUACCGUUACACAACGACCAAUGAAUAUUUAUUCAUAUAAAUCAUCGGAUUUAUUAGAUCGUACAUUUCAUCAAUGGCGCGGGGAAAAGAAUCAGUAUCAAGUAUAUGCUUAUACAGCUAAUUUAACAAGUACAAUUAGUCCAAGAAUGUUGUUAUCGAAUCGUCAUACGUAUAAUAAAGAUUUCAAUGCCGAAGCAGCAGCCGCCUUUUCCUAUCCUUAUGGUUCAUUAUCGACGUUUGAAUUAGCAUGGGGACCGCAAGGAUGGUAUCUAAAAUUUCCAUCAACUAGUUCUAUAGCGACGCGUCUCAUGUAUCCGACAACAACAACAACAACAACAACAACAACAACAACAAUGACUAGUCCAAUAAUUACUCGUCCAGUGAAUGAUGCUAUAGCUUAUUUGAAUAAAAUUGAUCAAAAAGGCUACAAACAGCGAAAUAUUAAUAAUACACUAAAAUUAUUCAACGUGCCAUUUGUACAACCAACAAAACCGGUACCAAAAAUAAUAAAAUGGAACUCGACAUGGUAUUACGGUUAUACAAAGCGAACAACACGUAGUAGUGCUUCCACCAUAACUACAGAUCAAACAAUUCAUGCUAAUACAAGUACUUCAGUUAGAAAAAUUACUGACACGAUUUUUCAUACAACCUCUAAUUUUAUUUCGCCUUACACGACUGUAGACAGAUUUAAUCGUACAGAUAGCGUCAUAUCGAAGAGACACGGAAAAUUUUUCACAACAUUACCGUCAAAUUUCUUUUAUGCAGCAACUUCCAUCGAGAAAAAUCGUACGAGUACUAAAUCAAUUAUUCCUACUACCGCAGUGACAUAUACAACAACGACUCAACCGACAAUCAUAACAACUUCAAAAAUGGAACACUUAUCUCAUAAUUCUCAAACAUUCCCAUCGUCUACAACAACAGCUCGAUAUACUAUUGAUUAUUCUUUAUUAAAUUUUAAUCCGUUUCUAUUCUUUUCUACAACAUCGACAACAUCCAAAUUAACUUGGAGAGUAAAUCGAACGAGCAUACCAACACGAACGGUAUCAUCAUCAACCUUGACAAUUCCUCCACCAACACCAUGGUACUCUCCACAAGGUCCAUUCGACUGGUGGCAUUGGAUAUGGCAUACAAAAACAACGACGACUACUCCGAAAAAUGUAACGAAAAAAACUUUGAGUCUAACGCCAAGCAAUAAUUCAACAACAGUAAAACAGACGACGAGUUUGAAUAUGGGUGUUGCUUUAAUAUCCACAACACUAAGCACACCUACCUGGAAAGAAUCGUACACAAAUAUUUCAACACGCUCAACAAAAAUGAAAAGUUAUUCUACGUCAUCUGUUCUGUUUCCGACAUUUUUUACGUCGAAUAUGUCAACAAUAAAAACUGAAGCAACACAACACGAACAUCAAUUCUCAGUACUGAAAGUACCAUCACUACAACUACUAGCACUACAACUUCCAUCACUACAACUCUCAUCAGUACAACUACCAUCACUACAACUACUAUCUCUACAACUCCCACCACUGCAACUCCUACCACUGCAACUACCAGCACUACGACUACCAUCACUACGACUACCAUUACUACAACCACCAUUACUACAACUGCUGUUAUUACAAGCACGAUUUCCAGUGGUUGAAUCAAAACAAAAUAGUAUUGUAUUUGAUCGAGCAGGUCAAUUUUUGUUUUCAAGCAGCAAGAGUACUGCGGCAUCGAAAUUAAAUACUCAAAGAAGUACAACGACACUUGGUAUUGAUAACACUGGUGAAGAUGCCGAUGACACAGAUCAAGAUUGGAAUAGUAUAUUUUCAAAAGACGACAGUGAUUUAAUAUUUAAAGUUUCGCCUGAAAACAAGCUUAUUGUAACACAAUCGAUGACACUAACAGCAGAAACACCAUCGAAAAGACAUCAGACCAGUGAUGAACAAAGCGCACUUCCAAGCAAUCCCAAUAUUUUAAUGACCCCAUCAAAUGUUCACAACAUGAUUCGGCGUGUUAUUAAACAACGUAAUAAAAAAGCAAUGGAAAAUCGUCGUUUGAGUAAAACCGAUAUAACUAUUAUUGCUGUGUGUAUAUUAUUUGUUAUUUUAUUGGCAGUAAUUAACUUAAUUUUAUAUGCUGUUCGACGACAUCGUCAUCAGUUACAAGGACGUCAUUUGAUUAAUCCUUCAUUAACAGCAACGAUGAUAGGUGGUGGUGGCAGUACGAAUAGCAUUGGUGGUAUAAAUACAAUACCAAAUAAUUCAGAUAUUCUCCCAGCUGUAGGGGAAAUUGUUAUCUGGGGUGCAAAAGAUCAACGUGGCUAUAUGAUUGAUAAUAAUGGAACGUGGGCAAAAAUAGAAGGACGACAAUGGUUUGGAAGUAAUAUAUUCAAAAGUUGGAGCAAAAGUUCAUUAUCAAAAAGCUUUCGUUCCAAAUUUUGUGUUCGUUCAGAUAAAAAAGAAAUUAAACAAGCACAAUUAUUCAAAUGUCCGUUGUUAAUAGAUAGUGCCACAUUGAGUCCGGUACCAGAAUGUGAUUAUGAAAGUUCUGAAUUGUCAUUGUCUGAUGCCGCGCUCAAUGGUGUAUUGGUGAAACGUUCUAAGACAAAUUUUAUUAGUAAAUCGGAAGUGAAAGAUAUGUCGGGAAGCAUUGUAAGAAAUACUCCGACUCUUGUUCACACAACUGCUACGCACGAUCAUUUAUCAUCGAGAUAUAAUCGUCAAAUUUCAAAUGCAACGGAUUAUUAUAAACGCAUUGGUAGUGGUGGUGAUGAUUCUAAUUACACAUUUGGAGAAGAAUCUUCAUUGGCUGAGCAAGACACAGAUAAAAGUGAAAAUCCCAUAGUUACAGUUCCGAUCUUAAUUCGAGAUUGUAGUUCACCAACAGACACAGCAUAUGAUCAAAAUUAUUCGAUGCAAUCUGUUGUUGAGUAUUCAAGUACACCUGUUCAUCCAAAUUAUUUACAAUCGAGACAUCGUCUACAUGAAGAUAACACAUUUUCCACACCAGCACCAAAUUUAGUGUCAUCAAAAGGUUUUUUGAACACUUUUCAGGCGCCGAUUGCCGCAGGAGGUAAACAACGUUCUCCAUCACAUUUAGAAGAUAAGGUCAUUAGUUCUAACCCAACUACAAAAUUCGAUUCGUCUCAUGAAACAUUCAGAAGUAGAAAUAUGACUCUAACGACUGGAUAUUGCCAAACUGACUUUACACCAUUAGAUCCAAACUUAUUACUGAAGAAUACUAAUUUAUUUGAACCAUCGUUAGACCCAUCAUCAGUUACUGCACCUCGCGACGGUAUGACUGAACAUUUAUAUCGUUAUUCACAAUCGGUUCAAUUGUCAACGUAUGACAGCGGUUUUAUAGAUGAUAAAAGCGAUCAAAGUAUAGUAUCCUCUUCAUCAAACUUAUCAAAUACGAAACAGACGAGACCUCUAUCAUGUCCUGAUGGAAAAAUAUUACAAUCGGAAAGUGAAACAUCGCCACAUACUGAUGUAGUAAGAAGGAAAAGUUUUACAACACAAACAUUUCCAGAAAGAUACCGUUCAUUAUCAGGUGAACAACAGCAAGAGCAACAACAAGAAGAACAAACUGUUGAUAAGAAAUUAGAGCAAUUGCUUGAACGACAAAGAUUAAACCAACAACUACAAUUAGAUGAAUUACAAACCAAUUUCUCCAACACCACAGAUCAUAAUACGAAUACUAAUAGUUCAAGAGAGGUGAAAACAUCAGAUUGGCGUUCUACGAUACGCUCAAAAUUACGUCAAAUAGCAAAUAAUCCAAUUAUGGGAAAAAAAAUAGCCAAUACUCCGGAGAUAGGAACAAAACGAGUCUCUUUUCCAGAUCAACAUGUCACAAAACGUUUUUCCCCUCCUCGUUUAUCACCAUACUUUGGUUCAUCAUCACAAGAACAAUGUGUUUCACCCGCACAAACGGCCAUACUAGAUCAAACUACAACUGAUCUCUCGAACAUGUUUACUACAUACGACUUAUCACCAAGUUCAUUACAAAAGUUCAAUAAUAAUGGAGAUUUCGAUAAAACUCAGUUAGGAAAUCGAAUGCGUUCAUUCUUCCCUGAUUAUGAUGAAAAACCGACAACAGCCUUAGUGACAAAAACUAGUAAUAAUCGCAAUAGUUCUGAACCGAGUUCAUUGUCCGAUCAAGCUCAUCAGCAAUCAUCCCCUGUUCUACGUGAUUCAUUUACUACAAAAGCGGCCAUCGAUGACGAUGAAGAUCAACCUGUAAUUAUGAAAAAUUUACAUUCUGUAAAAUCAUUGAAAAAAUUUUUUGAAACCCGUAUGCAACGUCAAGGUUUUCCGGGUGAAAUGAAUCUAUCAUUAGCAUCAUUCAUAGAUAAUAGACAAAAUGAACAACAACAAUUAAAUGAUCAUGAGGGAAUGAAUGGCGAUACAAAUGAACAAUUUUAUAGUAGUACAUGUGUAAUUUCAACUCCAACGACGGAUAGUCACAACUUGAGUAAUAACAAUAAUACAAUGCCGAUUGAUGACAAACAACAGUCAAUGUCGGUAAAAACAAAAUUGUUAGAUAGUCUAAGACGAAAAAAACGAAUAACAACGAUGGAAUAUUCAGAUCAAACAAGUCAAUCAUCGUCUAGAGAUUUUGAUGAUGACGAACAGCGUCAACGUCGUUCCACAACUCCAGCACUAUCGGCUUUAGUUGAAUAUUCUGAUUUAUCGACGUAUGAUUAUGUACAACAACAACAACAAAAUGAACAACAAUAUAUUUUGAGUUUUGAUCACAAUAAUCAAUUGACAAUUUUGAAUAAUGAAGUGAAACCACAUCAUUUAUUUUCUAAGAAUAAACAGUUACAACAUUCACGACGAUUUCGUUCAUCAUCAAGUAAUUCAGCUGAAAAUAAUUCGGAUAUUCCGCUGCAGUCGUCACUAGCCCAAUCACAAUUAACGAAUGUUUUGGUGAAACGAUCUUUAUCACACGAUCGUAACUAUUCACGUUUUAAUCGUUCAUCGGAUGGAUGUUUUAUUGAAAAAUGGAAACAAGAUGUUGCAAAAAAGAAACAAGAAGAUGACGAUGAUGAUAAUAUAUCGGAAAGUUCAAUGUUAUGGCAAGCUAAAACACGUUUAGAAACAUUUGUUAAAACGACACGUAAUCAUCAUCAACAGAAUCUCAAAGAUGUUGAUCAGUACUCUAUCUCAGAUAAUAAUCAUCCAAUAUACGGUAGUGAUGAUCGAUGCAGUCAAAUAACUUCAAAUAACAGUGAUUAUUCAAAAAGAAUAAUUAUGGCUGAAACAAGAUUUUAG